AGCUCUGGUGGCUGAUACUAUAGUCUUGCCUUGGAAGAGCGAGCUAGUGUGCUUUGGCAGCUAGUGUUCUACUUCCAGCGUUUAUCUUGUUGUUCAGAGCACAAUAAAAUCUGUGAUUUUCCUGAACAUUUUUUUUAUUUUAUUUUUUUCUAUUUGGUGGAUUUAUUGAACAUCUGGAGAUGAGCCGGAGAACGGAGCUGAGACGGCUCCUGGAGGAUCAGAGGAGGUGGAGCCGUCACGGAGAUCAUGAUGAUUCAACGCAGACCGUAUUUGAGGAGAGACUGCGGUCUGAGCGCCGAAGAGGUGAAAUAAGAUCUCAUCAGGACACCCAGGAACAUCUGCAGAGACCUCAGAGGGAGCACAGACACCAAAGCCGUUCUCCUCUUCCUGCUCCUGAGAUAGCACCAACAGACGGACCAAGUCCAGAUCCUCUCCCUGGUCCAAGUCAUCUACAGCCAACGUCUCAGCAGCCAGCGGAGAAUAGGCAGAAUCUCUCGGACAUGGUGCACGAGAUCGUCAUGCAGAUGAUGACAGCCGCUGAGGAAGCUGACAAUGAGCAGAAUAUCCCGCCCAUUUUGGAAGAAAUCAUCGAACAGAACAGGCCAGCUGUGGUGGAAGAGAUGCACAGGCAGAAUGUCCAGGCCUUGCAGUUAAAGAUCAGAUUUUUCCAAUCUACCAUCAUUGCUGGGGACGAAGCGACACAGUCAUGUGCUAUCUGUCUGAUGCAGUACCAAGAUGGGGAGCGAGUGUCUACCCUGCCCUGCAGCCACAAGUACCAUCCAAGCUGCAUCUUACAGUGGUUUGCAACACAUUCCAGCUGUCCCCUGUGCCGCGGAGAGUGCAUCCCAGGGCAAAUUGAGUGUUGGAUCUCCUGAAUACGGUAAGAGGAAGAUCUAAAUUACCACCUUCUCUAGAUUCCAUACCACCUCCUCCAUUCUACUUUGGGCCUACUGCCCACACUGCUCACCAGGCCUAGUGCUCGCCUAUUGUGCCAUUCUAUUGGGCCUAAUGCCCCUUUUAUAUUGCCCGGGCCUAGUGCCUGCUAUGCCCACGGGCCUAGUGCCCGAACCAUGGUGGUCUAGGGUGGGACCGUCUGGAUUUACCCAUCCUAAGGGCUGUGGCUGGACCAAGCUUGGUCCAGACCCGCCCACCACUUGGUAUUGCUCCCACCACCUCCGGCCUUCCUGGAGUCUUCACCUGGGCAGUGGUGGCCAGUAAAAGCUAUUUUACGUCACACACCACUGUCCCAGGACUUCAACGUUUUCACAUCUGCGGCGUUGCGCCGACUUAUUUAUCCUGCGGCCUAGCACCAGAUGAAGCGAUAUCACAGCUUAGCGCCGUCUAACAACACCUGUAGCCUAGCGCCGACUUAUCCAACCUGCGGGCUAGCGCAGGAUCAAGAGAUACUACGGCCUAGUGCCGACUUACCACACCUGCGGUUAAUCGCACAAUGUAAUACUACUGGGCAUUGUGCCCUUGUCUAUACCAACCUUGUCGUCCACAUAGUAGCUUUGGGCUUACCGCCCACUGUGCCCUGGCCAAUUGUUGCCUAUAUGUGGGACUUUGCUGUCAUGGGCCUGUUUCCUGCCUACCUGAAAUGAUCCCAAUGCUUUGGGCCUAUUGCUCACCUACCUGAGCCUCUUACAAUAAGCUUUGGGCCUAAUGACCACGGGACCCCGACCUAUUGCUGCCAUUAGGGGCUGAAUAUUCUAUCCAAGGGACUAGUGUCCACGUAGUGUGCAGCUCUAUUGGGCCUUCUGCCCACACUGCUCACCGGGCCUAGUACUCGCCUAUUGUGCCAUUCUAUUGGGCCUAAUGUCCCUUUACGUCACCCGGGCCUAGUGCCCGCGUAAUGAAUCCCAGGCCUAGUGCCCAAACCCUGUUGGUCUAGGGUGGGACCAUCUGGAUUUACUCAUCCUAAUGGCUGUGGCUGGAUGAAGCUUGGUCCAGACCCGCCCAACGCGUGGUUUUCGCCGGAGGCGGGAUGUCUCCUACCACCUCCGGGCUUCUUGUGAGUCUUCACCUGGGCAGUGGUGGCCAGUAAAAGCUCUUUUCCGUCGCACACUACUGUCCCAGGGCUUCGACGUCUUAUCCACAUCUGCGGCGUAGCGCCGACUUAUCCAACCUGCGGCCUAGCGCCGGAUGAAGAGUUACCACAGCUUAGCCUUGACUUACCACAUUUGCAGACUAGCGCCGAUUUAUCCAACCUGCGGUCUAGUGCAGGAUGAGGAGAUACUACGGCCUAGUGCCGAUUUACCAUACCUGCGGUUAAUCACACAAUGUAAGACUACUAGGCCUUGUGCCCUUGCCUAUACCAACCUUGUCAUCCACACAAUAGCUUUGGGCUUACUGUUGUUGUGUAUCUGGGGGACUUUACUGCCAUGGGCCUGUUGCCCGCCUACUUAAUAUGAUCCAAAUGUUUUGGGCCUAUUGCCCACCUACCUGAGCUUGGUGCCUGAUGACCACGGGGCCCAGACCUAUUGCUUCUGUUGAGAGCUAAAUCUUCUAUCCACGGGCCUAGUGCCCGCCUAAUGUGUAAGUCUACUGGGCUUACUGCCCACACUGCUCCUCGGGCCUAGUACCCACAUAUUGUGCCAUUCUAUUGGGCCUUAUGCCCCUAGAUGUCCACCGGGCUUAGUGUGCACUUAUGCGACACAGGCCUAGUGCCUGCUAUGCCCACGGGCCUAGUCUCACACUCUGGUGGUCUAGGGUGGGAUCGUCUGGAUUUAUCCAUCAUAAAGGCUGUGGCUGGACCAAGCUAGGUCCAGACCCGUCCUCCGCGUGGUCUUCACCAGAGGCGGGAUGGCUCCCACCACCUCCGGGCUUCCUGGAGUCUUCACCUCGGCAGUGGUGGCAAGUAAAAGUUCUUUUCUGUCGCACACCGCUGUCCCAGGGCUUCCGACGUCUUCACUGACAAGCGUCGGAUCUAUGAUCUUCACCCGGCGGGCGGCAGUGUGUAACAGCUCUUUCCCAACUGCCACCACCCUCCAGGACUUCCGGCGCCUUCCCCUGCGUCUUCUAUCUUCAAUCUUCGGGAGCUCUUCACUGCUCCCUCCCGGCCGACAUACUGCUCACCCAUGCCCGGUGCUGGCUGAUAUAAGCCAGUGACAGGAGGCGGUGCUAUGAUGUAACGAGCCAGGAUUGACUCGCCGCCGCCACUCGGUGCAGGUACGCUGCCAUUACACAUGUGGAGCGAAAGUGGUUAUUCACCAACGCCUCCAUGGCCGCUGCUGAACUCUGCAGCCAGUUGGGCAGGUGGGGACUGGACCAGACACGGCCCAGGUCCCCAGCGCUGCCUGGUUCCACUGCCGCAUCCUUCCCCAUAGGACGGCACCAGGAUCCCUCUUGAUCCCAGCCCAUCCCAGGCAAGGAAGAACAGAGCACAUAGUAGCAGGUCCAGUGACUGCGCUAGUACACUGGGCAUUGCUACACAUGUGCAGUACAGGUCCAUGACAUUGGUCACACUACGGUAUUAGAUUAUCUGUGAUUGACAGUCUGAUUACGCUUGAGGGUGCGGAGGGGUGGCAACAGCCUGUUUCUCAAAAUGGAUUUGUGUCGCCAAUGUUUUUAGGGAGGGACUAGGCCAGGAUUAUCCACCUGAGGUUGUAGAUUUCAUGGCUCCUUCAUAGUAGACGCGGUGGCUGACUUGCGCGACUCCUUGGGUCACUCAGCCCGCCGAUAGUGUUGCAGAAGAUCCGAUACUGCCUCCUAGGAUGCAGUUCGGAUCAGUAAUGCAUGCAGGAGGCAUGACGCAUCCUGCUGUAUUAACAUAUUAGCGCUACCACUGCUGCUUUUGUAUAAGCAGCAGAUAUAGUUCCUCCGUCCACAUCUGAAUCAGGCCCACUGUGCUCCUACUGGCCAGUGGCCAUCUUAUGUGUGGCACUGGGGGAAUCCUUUGCAUACCCCACAGCCGUCCUGCUUUGGAUAGGAUAGUCCCGCUUUUCGGGAACUGUCAGGCUGUCCCAUCCGCGGGGCGCAAUGUCCCGGGGUGAGGGGGGGGGAGUUAGGGGGAGCACUCUAACCCCUGCUCUGCAUAGCAUACAUGCCAUGUGCAAGGAAUCUACCAGGGCCUGAUUCAGGAGGCGUCUUAUGUAAAUAGACAUCGCCUGAUGGCUUCUCUGAUCUGCUGCUGUUCUGAGCAUUGUACCACCUGUGUUAGCAUCUGUCAUCUGAGUAACCCUCAGGCCUUGAUGCACCAAGAAAACGGGUCACACAUCAGUGGCGGAACUUGAGAGUGUUGGGCUCAAGUUCAAAAAUAUGCUCUGGGCCCUCCUCAUCCGUCAUACGGGGGUUUUCGCAUCGGCGAUGUCAUUUAUAGCUUCGGCUUUUGCACCCCUUGUAGUGGCUAUGGCUUUUGACCAUGGUUCAGGGCGGGGGUCUUAUUUCCGUCCCAUCCAGACCGGCUAUGCAGCAGUUUUUGCAGGCAUGUCAGGACAUGGGAGCGGCUGUUGUCCAACUGGGUAUGAGCGCACCUGCAACAAUACAGUAUACUAGGGCGCCCGCUAUGGUUUCUCCUCCCCUUUUGCCCGCCUCCGUAGCUUCAUCUUCGGGGGCGGCUUUAACUCCUUUUUCAGAGUUUGAUGAAGAGCUGAGAGAAGAUGAAGCUGUUUCCUCGGCGGAGGCGUUGGUGACUGGUCAGACCGAGACUUCAGGUGAGGCAGAGCCAGAUUAAGGGGGGCCAGGGGAUAUGUUACCCUGGGCCCCCUCACCUCUUAGGGGCCCCCCAUGAUGGACCAAUUUUAUCUUUCAGAGAUGGAUACAGCAGCUUUGUCUACAUCUCUGCAGCGGCCGGGGCCACCCGCAGUCGUAAUCAGAGCGCCUGCCUGGCUGCUCCUCACAGAGAGCGCUGAUCGGUAGAGCUCUCUGCAUUGGAUACAUUACACCCACACAGCUGAGGCCGGGAGCUACUGAGCAUGUGCAGCAGCAGAUCAGCUCACAUGGACUCCAGCAGUGACUCUCCUCCUCCUCUUCCUGUUUUGGUUAGUUUUGUAUUUUGUAUGUGUAUGCAUGUGUGUUUUGCAGGUAUGCUGUGUGUGUGUAUAGGUAUGCUGUGUAUGUAUGUAUGUAUGUAUGUAUGUAUGCUAUAUGUGUGUGUAGGAAUGCUGUGUGUGUAUGCUAUGUGUAUUUGUAGGUAUGCUACGUAUGUAUGCUGUGUGUGGGUAUGCUGUUUGUAUGUAUGUAUGCAUGCUGGCUGUAUGUAUGUAUGUAUGCAUGAUGGGUGUGUGUAGGUAUGCUAUGCAUAUAUGUAUGUAUGCUGUGUAUGUAUGAUGUGUGUUAUGUGUAUGUAUGCUGUGUGUAUAUAAGCAUGCUAUGUGUGUUUGUAGGAAUGCUGUCUAUGUAUGUAUGUAUGUGUGUGUGUAUGUAUGUAUGUAUGUUUUGUGUAUGUAUGCAUAUGUGUGUUUGUAUGUAUGCUGUAUGUGUUGUGUGUAUGAACGUAUGUGUGUAUGCAUUCUAUGUGUGUAGGUAUGCGGUGUGAAUGUAUGUAUAUAUGCUGUGUGCAUGUGGAUUCCGAAUGUCAUUAUGCUGACAACGGCAUCCCUAGCGGUGGAAUGCCGGCAGGGGGGCGAGCGCAACUUAGCCCCAUGCGGGCUCGGUGGCGAGUUGUUUUAUUCUCUCUCUAUGGGUGUCAUGGACACUCAUAGAGGGGGAAUCACCUACCUCGCCGGUAUACCGACGGCGGCAUGGUGCCCCCGUUGGGAUCGCAGCAUCUGUAUUGUGACUGCCGGGAUCCCGACUGUCGGUAUGCUAACUGGGGAUUCAGAGGAUGAUGGCUCUGGCUCUGCUACUAGCGCGGUCAGGGCAUGGAUGCGUGCUGCUAAGGGGGGUAUUCAAUUACGUGCCUUUUUUUGACCAGUCAAAAAAAUGGCACUAAUUCGACACAGGGCAUUCAGUUGCGGGCUUUUCACCCGGUUUUGAAUCCAUUUUCGCCCGUGCCAUUUCACUUUUUUUUGUUGAAAUCGGCACUGGCGAAAAUUGCGGCAAAAAUGAACGAAAACACCUGCGAAUUUGCCAAAACACGUGUAUCGGCGGUGGCUUCCCCGAUACACGUGGUUUUCGCCCGUGCCGGAUUUUUCGACCAGUCAAAAAAAACAGCUCGGCCAUUGAAUAGGGCGAAUAGAAAUUCGACCUAAAAAUGGGUGAAAAGUGCAGUUCUUUCGACUGGUCGAAAAAAACAGUACUAAUUGAAUACCCCACUAAGUAUGCUAGGCAAGAGGCGGUUAGGCGUGAUUGACUAUGCUCUGGCGAGUUCAGAUAGUUUGCGCAGGCCUUAGCAGCGUUUAGGCGCAUGCAGGAAUUGUUACGCUGUUUGUUGCGUGUUGCGCUGUCUUGUACGUCUCCCCCUGUCCUCCCUACUCGGGGAUUAGCUACUCGCCACUGUUGGCAGUGGGAGUUUAGAGGGAUUUAACAAUUUUUUACCUGGACUGACGGACUUAAUUCGGCUUAAUUAUACUUGAUUUGGCUAAUUGGAUUUCAAUUAUGUGUCCCUCAGCAGGUUUUAAGUUUUACCUCUGACCGAGUUUACUUGUGUGACCCCCCUCCCCCCUUUAUUUGUUUUACCUAUCCUAUUGUAUCUAUAUGUUGCUUCGAUUGGCCUGAAGCUCGUUUACAUGAAAUUUCCAUGAUUUUUCUUUUUCUUUUUGGCAGAUCGUCUGGGUGAUAGGCGCAAGGGUUGCAUAGCUGGCCGCGCAUGUUUUCUGCUCAGCUAGGUUUAUGGCUUUAAAAUGAAUGUAUGGCGUAAACUUAAUUUCUCUUUUAUUUAACGUUUAAAGCUCAUUUAAAUAAAUUGCUAACAGUU